CCCACCACGGCCGCCACCACCACUACCACCACCACCACUACUACCAUCCGUCUUGUUCGUCAUCGUCAUCACCACCACUACCAUCCGUCUUGUUCGUCACCACCACCACUACUACCAUCCGUCUUGUUCGUCGUCACCACCACCACUGCAUCGUCAUUCCUGUGCCGUGGCCGGCAACGCCACGGGAAGGUUGUGCCUCGUGCGGUCAGGCGGCCGGUCUCCGCCUGACCCAAGCUCCACCGAACAUCCUCCUCGGCCCCCGGCGCCCGUCCGUUGGAUCGUGGGGGGGUUCCUACGAGGCGGCAUCGUCACACCCCGGCAGCCCCCCAACUCUCCCGCCCCUGCCCCCCACUCCGCCCAACUUCGUGAGUCAACAUGGGCUCGCGAAUCCUGCUGCGGCAGCAGCUGAUGAAGGACCAGCUGUGCGAGGAGGAGCGAAGGACGCAGCAGCAACAGCAGCAGCAACAACAGCAGCAGCAGCAGAAUGCGACGUUCUUGCCCGGCCAGCAACGGCCCAGCGCGCAGACGCCGGCCAUCAACGUGCAGGUGCCGGCCGGCCUGCCCAAGGCACAGGUGCCGGUGCAGGUGCUCAAGGUCCAGACGAACCUGGAGAAUCCGACCAAGUACCACAUCCAGCAGUCUCAGCACCAGCAGGUCAAGCAGUACCUGACCACGACGCUGGGCACCAAGGUCGCGCACCAGGUGCUGGCCAUUUCACGCCCGUCGGCGAGCUCCGCUCCUAACAUGACCGGCGCCGCCGCCACCGGCGCCGGCACUGCCGGGGUUCACGUCUCCCCCGGGCAGCAGCAGCAGCAGUUUGCCACGACGGCCCCGACGGCGGGGGCGCUGGCGGCGGCGGCGGCGGCGCAAACGCAGUCCGUGUCGCCUCACGGCUCUGCCGUGCUGCUGCCGGGCAGCGGAUCCGGCCUCAACAGUCCCAUGGCCCUGCUCAACAUCAACAACAACGAGAGCAGCGAGAGGGAGAUGGAAGACGUCAUCGAUGACAUCAUCAGCCUGGAGUCGAGCUUUAACGACGAGAUGUUCAGCCUCGUCGACUCCUCCGGCCUCCCGCUCUCCAACACGCUGCCGGUUCAAAGCAACGGGCUGGAGGUGUAUGGGGGCGCCGGGGUGGUGAUCCCGGGCAUCACACUGACCAGCACCAGCUGUCCCGCCAACCUGGCGCCCGUCAAGCUGGAGGUUGUGGAAGAUGAGCAUCGUGUCCUGGUGAAGGAAAGGCAGAAGAAAGACAACCACAACCUCAUCGAGCGGAGGAGGAGGUUCAACAUCAACGACCGCAUCAAGGAGCUCGGCCUGAUGAUUCCCAAGUCGAACGAUCCCGACAUGCGCUGGAACAAGGGCACCAUCUUGAAGGCGUCCGUCGACUACAUCCGCAAGCUGCAGAAGGAGCAGCAGAGGCUGCGGGAGGCCGACUCGAGGCAGAAGAAGCUGGAGCAGACCAACCGGGGACUGCUGCUGCGUAUACAGGAGCUGGAGAUGCAAGCGAGCACUCACGGCCUGCCGCUCUCCUCCCCCUCCGGCCUCAACACGGCCGAGCUCAUGACGCAAGUCGGCAUCGCCGGCGACGUCUCCGCCGCCGCCGCCGCCGCCUUCGACCUCGGCCGGCACAACCAGCCGCCGUCUCGGGCCUCGUCUGACGCGGGCGGCCUGGACCUCGACAGCGUUUGCGGUUUCUCCUCCUCCGGCGGCGCCUUCUCGCCGGCGCUCAGCUACGGCGGAGACGGCGGCGGCGGCGGCAUCGGCGGCGGCGAUGUUCUGAUGGACGAACUGAUGAGCCCGCUGGGGCCGCGCGACCCCCUGCUGUGCGCCCUCUCGCCCGGCGCGACCUCAAAGACCAGCAGCCGGCGCUCCAGCUUCAGCAUGGACGACGAGGACAUGUGACGGGGCGCCCAAGGGGGACGGAUUGACGAUGAGGAUGAGGUUGGAGGGGUAGAUGUAGGUGAGGAGAGGGAGAUGCAGAGGCUGUGAAACAGGAGCAGGUCUUCAACAUUCCAACGUUUGGUUUUCGUUUUUUAUUUUUGUAACGCGUUUUUUAUUCUUCUUCCGUCUUCGUCCGCCGUAGAUUCUUUUGUCGAUGCGGCAAUCGCACGGUUUUGCCGGGGUCGUAGGCCGGGAGUUUUAGCAACGUGGAGAUCUUGUGGCACGUGAGCUGUGCUACGAUUGGACGGUUUGAUCGGGUCGUAGGUCGGCGUUUGAGUCAAGUGGCGAUGACGUGCGAGAUUGAAGCCGACGUUGUGACUGGCGGUCACGGGUCCCAUAGUUUUAAAGAAAUUCGCGAUCAUGUGACGCCCAAACCGUGCUCACGUUUGGACAGUUUUGCCACUGACACAUUGGAAAUCGGCGAUCACAUGGCGUGAUAUACAGGCCACGAUUGGACGGCUGCGUAGGUCGUAGGUCUGAGGACGUGGAGAUCGUUGUGGUGCAAGUUAUGAGACUGCGAUUGAACGGUUAGCGGUGUGGGUGAGGUAGGUCCGAUUUUUCCGGAUUUGACAGUUGAUGAGAGUCGUGGGUUCGCGUCACCUUAGGCGCCGUCCAUCGUGAAACAACAACAACAACCAACAGCAACUUCAGAGUGGGACUCUUUAUUAUGAUUUAAAAAACGCGCCAUUGCGGGCCGUGGAUCCGGGUGGGCUGUGUUGUGUCAGCAGCGUCGGUCCAUGAAGAAGCGGGACGAUGAACGUGCAUGGAGGUACUCGCGUGCCAUGAUUACGAGCGUUGCGUUGUUGUCACCAAGCCCGGGCUCGCGAUCGAUAUUCCCCGCCGCUGGUUAGUUUCUACGGGAAUAUCUUUCCCGUUCACUUUUUUGUUUCGCAUUUACUCACCAUUCCAGAAGCUGCGUCAUUAGCCUCUCGAUAUUAUGAUGGUGGUUGUUGUUGUUGUCAUGAGUAGUUCCUAAACUUUAAUAGGAAUGCACCUUUGUGUAUGCCGUAUUCUCCAAAUUUCACUUUUCCUCCCUGUGUGUUGAGGCAAGAGUUGGUGGGGGGGGGGGUGCGUUUUAUCAUCCGGCACACGUGCGUGUUAGUGCGUGUUAGUGCGUGUUAGUGCGUGUUAGUGCGUGUUAGUGCGUGUUAGUGCAUGUUAGUGUGUGUGUGUGUGUGUUAGGCAUCUGUGUGUGUUAAGUGUUUGACUGCUUGUGUGUGAGUGUGCCUGUGCAGCAGUUAGUGCGUGUUAGUGUGUGUUAGUGUGCGUUAGUGUGUUAGUGUGUGUUAGUGUGUGUUAGUGUGUGUGUGUGUUAAGCAUCUGUGUGUGUUAAGUGUAUGACUGCUUGUGUGUGAGCGUGCCUGUGCAGCAGUUAGUGCUGCACCCCCGAGUUCGAUUCCCGCUCACGGCCACCAACAUCGGUGACUGUUAUCUGAACCGGCCCUGAGCCUCCCCAGGUCGUCUCGGCCUCAAAUGAGUACCUGGUGCGGUGUGUAAACAUCGCCAAUGGGGAGACAAAGGCGGCCGGGCGUGGUGCUGCUAGCCACCCACCCCCUCGUGUGCCGAGGCUACACCGGGGAUCUGUGUCUUUUACCAGAUUUGAGUGACUUUAUUGACAGCGGCCACAAGAUUGGGUUGCUUCUUAACUUUGCGAAGCGUCUUAUAACCUGGAGAAUACGGCACACUGCAUUGAAUUCACACACGCGCACGUGUGUGUGUGUGUGUGAAAUCCAAUAAAUACACCUAUUAUGAUA